UGAGGAUUGAAGAGAGUGAAGGUGGAGUGAGUGAGAGGCUCAAGGGGGAAAAUAAACUCGCUUUCUUGUCCACUCCCCGCCUUUUACCAUGAACAGGGGACAGAAUCGGGACCAAGCCCCCCUCGAGUGUUGUGCAAGGGAUGUGUGAGUGUGCGUGUAGCCUCCACAACAUGAAAACUAGUUAGUAAGGGAAAUGGGGAUGAACUGACGAAGGCAAGGCAAGGCGAAAAUGGCUGACGCGUGAGGGAGUUGCCAGGUGCUGACGAAGACGGUGUAGUGUGCUGCGGAAUGCUCCAAGACGCGGCCAGGAGGUGGAGUGAGACCAGCAGAUUGGCCAGCACAAAGUCCAGAUAUACCUCCGAUCGAGAACCUUUGGGGAAUAGUAAAGGCAAAACUGUGAGGAGAAGACACAUCUACCAUCCCAAAGCUUGAGGAGGCUCUUCGGAAGCUGUGGUUAGAAAUUCACCAUUCAACUGCAGAAAACUUGGCUGACUCAGUACCUGGCAGGCUUAACAAGAUCUUAAAGAUGAAUUGCUAUCCAAUCAACAAAUAAAUGAGUCACUGGGAAUGCAUGACAUGUUCAUCUCUGCGGCGGGAGGUGAGCCCAGUGCAGUCUUGCAUGCCCCUGCCACUUCUGGACAGUGCCUGCAGAGGAAGCGAAAAUUGGACCAGAUUGGCAGUGGUUACAGCGGCACUGCAUCCAGUUACACAGUGACUGCUACAGCAGUGCCAGCCCAGACACUUGCUGCCAAACACCUCUCCCACCAGGCUGGUAGUUUGUACAGUGAUGGCGUGACCUUGAGCCAGAGCAAGCCGCAGCAGCAGCAGCAGCAGCCGCAACAGCAGCCGCAGCAGCAGCCGCAGCAGCAACAGCAACCACCUCCACACCAGACUCCACAGGACCACCACCAACACCAACAGCAGCAGCAUGGGCAACAUCAGCAAACUCACAAGAUUAGUAGUAACAGCACCAUCUCUUCAUCUUCCUCCUCAUCGUCAUCAGGACACCACCACCAUCACCAUCACCACCACCACCACCACUCGGCCAGAGUGGCAGGUUCGGCUAUCAAUUACCAGCAUCAGCAACACCACCACCAACCUGUCCAACAGCAGCGAGCAUCAACCAUCAAGCUCUUAGACCCAUAUCAGAAGUGCUCCACAAAGCGCAAGUGCUUUGACCACAAUGGUCACAGUGGUAGUAACUCAGGUGUAGAGAGUGGGAAGGUGGGGGCCCCAGGUGGUGCCCCAGCCACAACUGCCAAGACGGUGGCCCACGGUAAGGUGGCCCUGGGUGGCGGCCAAAACAAUGCCACCAAGGGCGGAAACUCUUCAGCUGCAGAUGGAGACUACCAGCUGGUGCAGCAUGAGACGCUGUUCUCACUUACAGCACAAUAUGAGGUGCUGGAGUUCCUGGGACGAGGCACAUUUGGUCAGGUGGUCAAGUGCUGGAAGAAAGGCACCAGUGACAUUGUGGCCAUCAAGAUCCUCAAGAACCACCCUUCAUAUGCCAGACAGGGCCAGAUUGAGGUUGGAAUCCUUACAAGACUUAGCCAAGAAAAUGCAGAUGAUUACAACUUUGUGCGAGCCUUUGAGUGUUUCCAACACAAGAAUCACACGUGCUUGGUGUUUGAGAUGCUGGAACAAAACCUCUAUGACUUCCUCAAACAGAACAAAUUUUCUCCACUGCCCCUCAAGUUCAUACGACCCAUACUUCAACAAGUCUUGACAGCUCUUCUUAAACUCAAGCAACUUGGCCUCAUUCAUGCUGACCUCAAGCCAGAGAACAUCAUGCUGGUAGAUCCUGUAAGACAGCCAUAUCGUGUCAAGGUUAUUGACUUUGGCAGUGCCUCACAUGUCAGCAAGGCUGUUUGUAACACCUACCUACAGUCUCGCUACUAUCGAGCUCCAGAGAUCGUCCUUGGGCUUCCGUUUUCUGAAGCAAUCGACAUGUGGUCACUUGGCUGUGUUAUUGCUGAACUCUUCUUGGGAUGGCCACUUUACCCUGGGUCUUCUGAGUAUGAUCAGAUUCGUUACAUCAGCCAAACACAAGGGAUCCCUGCCGAACACAUGCUGAAUAACGCCACAAAGACGACUAAGUUUUUCUACCGUGAUAAUGAAUCCACCUAUCCAUUUUGGCGACUCAAGACUCCUGAAGAACAUGAGGGUGAGACAGGCAUCAAGAGCAAAGAGGCCCGCAAGUACAUAUUCAACUGCCUAGAUGACAUGGGCCAGGUGAAUGUGCCCACAGAGCUUGAAGGUGGAGAGCUUCUGGCGGAGAAGGCAGACCGCAGGGAGUUCAUCGACCUGCUGAAGCGAAUGUUGACCAUGGACCAGGAGAGACGCAUCAGCCCUGGUGAGGCGCUGCAGCACAGCUUUGUCACCCUCCAACAUCUCUUGGACUAUCCUCACUGCUCCAAUGUUAAGGCUUCCAUGCAGCAGAUGAUGGAGGUGUGUCGCCGACCGGCUCCACCCUACGCCACUGCUGCUGCCGUCUCCCAGGCCCAGGCUCUUCCUCCCUCACUCAUGCCAAACUAUGUCCACACCACCAAUGGUUCUGUCACUCUUACCUUCAACAACCAGAUUACCAACCAGGUAGGAAAGUAUGGGCUGUACCAAAGCAGCCGCAGUGGCCGUGGGUACAGCGGCAGCAGCCGAGGAGAAGCAGCAGCAGCAGCAGCAGCAGCUGCAAGUUUCCAACCACAGUUGGUGUCUUCUAUCUUGUGUCCCCCUCCAUACCAAGGUCUGGCAUCUCCUGGAAAGCAUGUGACAGUUGUUACCCAACAGCCUCAGCUACAACUGCAACCUUCACUGCUGCCUCAGCAGGUUGGAGGUGGCAGUCAAUACGUGCCAGUGUCCAUGGUGGAGCAGCCAGGCAGAGGGAUGCUGCUCACCACUGGCACAGCAGUGGGUGGCGGGUGGGGCCGUGGGGGCCAGAUGGCUCUGGUGCCAGGAGGCUGGCAACAACUUCCUCAGCCACCAACCUCUCUACAGCAGCCAGCCAGCUUGCUCCCUGACGCUACAGAUGCAUGGCGGCGCACCUUUCUGGUGGACUCCUCUGUGGUGCAGGGGGAUGCUCCACCUGCCAUGUUUCCCGUUGACCUCCAUCCAGAAUUGUACGAAGCUUAUCCUUCAAGCACAUGGGCUGGAAGCAAGCGUCCUAGCAAGACUUCCCUAAUGGGCCAUUCCAGUGCUCAUGCUGCCCAUACCCUCCACGUCAGCGGGAGACCCGCACAGCCCCCAGCACAUGACAAGAAAGACUUGAGUCAGCAAUUGUCACCAGUCAAGAAGAGGGUGAAGGAGGGCACACCACCUGGAGCACCUUCGCACUGGAGCAACAGUGCCACUGCUCCUCAGAUCAACCACAGCAACUACCACACCAGUCACAACAGUCAUCAUUCAGCACACCAUACGGGGCACCAUCAGGGUCACAUUCAUCACCAGAGUCACCACUCCAGUCAUCAUGCACCUCAUUCCUCCAGCCAUCACCCACUGUCCCACAGCAACCACCAAGGUCACAACAGCAGCAGCAGCAGCAAUAGUGGUAGCCACAGCUCUCAUACAGUUGGGCAUCCCACUCAGCCCAGCCAGCAGACACACAGCAGUCAGCAGCACUCCAGUAGCAGUUACAGCAGCAGCAUGACGAGCAAUAACCGCCAGCAGACCAUCACCAUCCGAGACACUCCAUCACCUGCUGUGUCGGUCAUCACCAUCAGUGACAGCGAUGAUGAAGCUGGGGGAAAGUGUUGCAAAGAUCGCCACUGCUCAACGUGUGUAAAUAACAACCAUAACAAGAUUUCAAGUUCACACCAGCAGUCUCAGGCAUCGCAUGAUGACAAAUACUCCAGUUUGUCCCACAACUACUCGUCCGUUGGUGCGUCUCAAAGCCAGAAGAAGCGGCUCCUGGCCAAGGCUCAGAGUGAGUGUGUGCUGCACGUGGCCAAGCCGGAAGCUCGGGAUUACUCCACACAGCAGGCCAGGGACACCAACUACACCACCAGAGAGCACCUUGCACCUCCAGCUGCUCAUGUCCGAGACUCCCUUCUGCAGCCACCUCCUGCCCACCACGACAACCUCCCACCACCUGCAGCCCACACCCGUGACCCUGCUCGCACCCACUCUCACACUCACUCCCACUCCUACACCCAGCCACCACAGGCCCACAAAGACUACACGGUGCCAUCAGGAGUCCACCCGCCUGGGCACAAGGACUACUCCCAACCGCCAGUAGCCCACAGUAACCGUGACCAGCGCGUGGUGGUGGGGAGCGUCAAGGGCUGGAGCAGUAGCAGUGGUCGGGGAAGCAGUGUUGUGGUGGCUGGGCAGGGCAGCAGUGGUAGCAGCAGUAGUAGCAGCCUCAGCUAUGCUCACACCCUUGGUAGGGCACAUGUGCCAGGCAGCCAUCACUCACCUUCAUCCCAAGCUCACGGACUGUCACCAGUGUCACAGUUAGCAGUGAGUGGCUCCUUGGCAGGCAUUGUGCCCACUCAGGCUGAUGUAUACAGGGAAUAUCGGCGAGCUGCUCCUCCUCAGGCAGCUGCUGCUGCAGCAGCUGCUACACAGGUUUAUGUGGCUACCACCCAGCCCACUUACCUGCCCUCCUCCUUGCCAGCCACACAUACUGUUAACCCUUUCACACCAGGAGGGGCUUUACCACCACCAGCUCACCACAGCAGUGGUCGUGCAGUACUGGCCGGCCCACCGGCUCAUCCUCUCCCAGCCCACAUGCAGCCCACCGCUGUGUUUCCCACACACCCUCAAGUAGCCCCUCCAUAUAAUGCUUACACUGCACUUUCUCCUGCCAAGAGCCAAUACCAAAGCAUUUGGUUCUCAGAAUAGUUGCCCUCAGUACUGGGACUUGCCUGCAACAUCAUUUUAGGCCUUUUUAUUUUUUUUAUCCAGAAUGAGUUGAAAAUUAUUCUGGUAUUAUUUUAUUGUUUUAUUUAUUAAUUUUUAUUCAGUUAUUGUUUUAGGCCUUGUAAAAGGUUGAAGACGUAGAGAAAGGCAGGGUUGUCAUGAUGGAGGGGCUGGUGUGUGGGUGUGGCAUUUGCAUCUUCCCCAUCUGCCCUUCUACCGUACUACUUUACCGUGUGGAUCAGUAGCAUCAGCACCUGGAACAAGGCACAGCUGGGCUACCAAGACUUGAAUUUAGAAAAGCAACAGGAUAAUUGAUCAAUGAUGUACAAGAAACAGGACUGAUUAUUUUGGUGCCAAGUGUUUGGGGUUCUCGGCAACAGAUUAGUGUUAACAGAGUUCAAGUAAGAAUCUGAAGUGUCAAAUAUAUCAUGUAGGUGUGGCACUCCAUGAUAUAAUUAGUCCCCUGUGAUUAUUGAUUGGGGGGCCAACAGUUUUGGGUUGAGUGUUACUUGACACAAUCGCAGUAUCAGUAUAGGCCCCAGAUUUGUGUGUAGAACUAGUGCAUGUACAAGUGUGCGCUUGUUUCCUGGUGAUGACACCCUCAGAGAGCAUUAUAACCGUGCGUCAGCCGUCCCGAGGGCGGGAGUACCGUCAGCAUAUUGUUGACGAGUGAAGACUGUAGUUAGUUAUUAUUUUUUUAUUAUGAUUCCUAAAUGUAAUUAUUAUUUUUAUGUGAGCCAUGAUUCAUGAGGUGACUGGAGCAUCAACAAGGAAGGAUGGAUAUGGCAUGAGCACCGGCUUCUUUGGAUCACUUGUGUUACAGUGGAGGAGUUUGUUUAACGCGUACAGUUUUAAACUUUUACGUUAGCCAAAGAAGUUAUUGUUUGUUUUGUGUUGGACUUGAUAACCUUUAUCAAGGGUGAGUUUUUUUGUUGAAAAUAAGUGAUGGAUGAGCAAACAUUGAAAUUCAGCCAACUCUUUGGUAGGGAAAUGAUUAUCAAGGAACCAUCUUUUCAGUCAUCCGGGCUUGACAAUUGUGGAUUUUUACAGAUGUAUAUUUAUUUUGUGUUUUACCAUUCAUAAACUAAAGUUUAAAUUAUUUUUUAAGGGAAAAGGGCUUGACAACGGUCUGUAGUAGACUUAAUGUGUAGCACGAGUAGUAUUGUGUUUAUAGCCAACGAGGCCGAGGGACUUUGCACCGUGGACUUCCCUCCAGCUCAGGUCAUCCUGGUGUCAGUGGGACAGCAGGACAGAGUGUAGGGAGGCGGCCCAUCCUGGUGCAAUGUUCACCGGCUGCACCACGUCUGGUGUUUGUCCACAGGUUUGUUUGAUCUCUAUUAACAUAUACGCUUUCUUGAACUUCUUCCCUACGUGUAAAGGUGUUAUUUAUGUCUGGAGUGUGAUAUACCUUCUCUUUAUACUUGAUGAAGAAUCCUCUGCAUGGUUUUUGUGCUGGUUUCUUGACCAAGGUCUAGCAUGACCAAGAAGAGCAAGUAGCAUUCACGGGCUGACUGUCCACCCCACCACAACCCACCACCUCUUGCUCAACAUCUCUCUCCAUUGCUUAAAAUCUUUACAUAUCUAUGAGCAUACCAAUAAGGGCCUAAGUAUUACUUACUAUUAUUUGUAUUGGUUUUAGUUAAGUAGGGUAUAUAUAUUUUAUUUUUAAGGUUAACAUCUAUUAUAAGAAACCUGUUAUAAUUUAGAAGGCUCAUGUUAAGAAAAGAAUAAAUAUGGAGAAAGUUCCAUAGCAUAAUAAUAAAGUAUUGGUGUUACAGUGCACUGGAGUAGAUGGUGGUAAUUAUUGAUUAACCAGCAAUGUGGCAGGGUGGCUGUUCCUGAUAAGCCCGAGGCCUUCAGCACUUACAGUAGCAAUUCUAUCUUCUGCUUGGGGUGAUGGUGCCCCUGAGGGACUCCGCAGCAGGAGAGACAGGCCAACACCCUAUGCUUAGGGUGACAGUUCCCGUGGUUCCCUAAAGGUUUUUGACAAGCUCAAGUUUAGUCAUUGUGGCUCUGAGGGUCUGGCACACACUUCCAGUGCCUCAAAUUUUCUAAUACAUGAAACUUCAUCCAGAUUACAGUAUGAUGUAAUUUUGUGUCCAGAACUCUUGAUAAUUUGUUGUAGACAUAAGAUAUCUACAGUUCUGCAACUGUUCCGUUCAUGGUGUUGGAUAAUUUUUAAAGGAAAUAAUGGUAGAGUAGAGAAGUGAUGAUUGUUUAUUUCUCUAUGAUUAGAGAUAAAAUGGUUAUGACGAUUUGUAGCAUAUGUGAAUGACAACUUGCAUUUGGGGAUUCACCUGUUUUGUCACAAUAUGCUCAUUGCCUUGUCCACCUUAUUGGUUAGAUGUAAGACUUAAAAGCCUGUUGUACAGGAACCUAAGUAUGUAUUUCUAUUUAUCAUCAUUUUUGCCAAGUUUUUUGUUAUUUCUUUCUUGAAUACCACUUCAUUUCUUGGGAAGGGCUAGUUGUACAUAUAUAUAAGAAAAAUUAUCAAACUAAUUUAAGUGGAUUUUAAUUAUUUUAUUUAUGAUUACAAAAGUUUAGUCUUGCUGAAAAUGAUGCCAGUCCCUCUCAGCAUAAUGACAGCAGCCAUCAGCUUGUUAUAAAACUGACUGGCCGAUCAUCGGGAAAUUGUACACAUCUCGUCAAUUUGGUCCAGUAGAGGUUAUUAGUAGUUCUGGUGCUCCUUAAUGGCACCUCCAUAACAGCCCUAAACAUGUGAUGUUUGUAUUUAGAGUGCCUAAGCUCUAGUAUUUUAGUAUUUGUGACACACAGACAACCUCGGUUUUUGGGCAUCCUUUUCUUCUAGUUUGUCUUCUGUGAGACAGUUUUUUGUUGACAUUGUAAGACUGAUAUAUAUAUAUAUAUAUAUAUAUAUAUAUAUAUAUAUAUAUAUAUAUAUAUAUAUAUAUAUAUAUAUAUAUAUAUAUAUGCACACAAGUUAAUGUACAGUACUGCAUAUUACUGUAGUUUUGAGGAAAUUCAAUCACAAACUACUCCAGAUUAGUGAACAUGAGGCAGCUGGUGACAUUAAGUAACUGUUGCUGCUGAACCCACUGACUGAGGGUGUCUGUUGGUCACGCUAUAUGAAGUAAUGUGACAUUGUUGCCCAAUGUUAGUUUUACCCUCACAAAACACUUAUAAAGAGUUCAUUGUGGUACACGGACGUAGUACACGGAUGUAGUACCAGGACGUAGUACACAAAGAUUGUAAGUGUACGUAUCUAUAUUUUUCUUGAGACUGUAAAUAUAAUUAUGAAUGUAAUAUUUUGGGUCAGUUAGGGUAUGUAAAGACUUUGUAAGAUAAUUGUCAUGUGUGUUUCAUGAUUAUAGGGGACACAAGUAUCCUAUAUGCUAAAUGUUUCUGAACAUUCUUUGUUAGUAUUUGGUAGUAAAGAAUCAUGUUUCAUUGUCAUGCUUAAAAGAACACUUAAAUUUCUUCCCAGUCUUCAUAUUAGAAUUCCUGGAUUGUGGUAGUUAGAGACCAUUAACUUUUUACAACUUAAGAAUUUCUCUUUUUCCAAUGACUUUGCUAAAUGUUUUAAGGCGUUAAGGCUGUCUUUGGCUACCUUUGUGCUUGGCAACUACAACAUAUUUCACUUUCUUCUACUGUUUCUACAAGUUCCACUACUGCUGUAAGUCUGAGUAUCACUUGAAGGUAGUGCUAAUGAAAAAAAUAAAAAAUCAAAGUUGUAUUUUCCAGCACGGUUGUGGUGGCCAAGAACCAGACAACCACACUUGCUGCCGUCACUGACAGCAACCUGGUUAAAUUUUUCCACGUGCUCUCCGCUAUGUGAUUUAAAUGCCUAUUGUCCAUCAUGCAACUGUAGUUCAAGUGAAACACUGGAUUGUGUUUUAUUUUUGGUAUAGUUAAGGUCUAUGGCCAUAGAGUGGUAUACAUUACUUUUCAGUGGGCAUCCUGGGAAAGAGUCAUAGUCUGCUGUCCCUUUCCUCAAGUCAUCCACUGGUGUACCUCAGCUUAUCCUUUUGUAUCUACACUUGUAAGGUUAGCCAAAAUUUCAGAGUAAGCUAGAUAGAUUUGAGGGAUAAAGGGCCAGCUUGUUCCUAGGGCACACUCAGUUGCUCACUGAAUGCAGGUAUUAGUUCCUUAGUUUGCUAGGGUGUCAAACAAUUUACAGUAUAGUGGAAUAGUUUUGAAGGAUUCUUUGAUUGACAUUGAUUUUAACCCUGUGUUAAUUGACAAACACUUUGCUAUGCUGGUUAUUGAGUGCAUACUUCACAUUUAAGUUUUAAAAUAAUGAUAAUUAGGUUUUUCUCCCUGAUAGAAUUAUAAUUUUCCACAAGGUAUGAAGUUUUUAUAGUUAGAAGCAUACACACUUAAAGUUUAUAGUAUAUAAAUUUUGUUUGGAUAGUAGAUUCAUAACCACAGCCAUAUAUAACAAUAGCAAGGUAGCUGUGCUUGUUAACAUGGCCUGUGUCCAUGAAUUCUGUCUUGAGUUUUGGGUGUGUUGGUUUAGCAUUAUUCUACCACAAAUUCAUUGCACUUUGUAGCUCAAUUAAUAUGUUUGCUUUAGGUUGCAUAAAAUAUUCUAUUAAUUUUAGGGUAGCUAGGUAUGUGUCUACCCCUUAUUAUCUGUAAUGUGAUAUGAUGUUGCAGUGUUAAGGGUAAACAGGUUUUUCAUCUUGAAGGAAUGGAGUGUACCCUUCAUUUUUUCACCUCCCAUUCAUAUAUAAUCCAUAAGGAGAGGGUCUGUUUUCUAGGAAGAUGACACAUAUUACACAUACUAUACUGCAUAUUCAGAAGUAAAGAAAAUUUUUAUACAAAACUACAAAUAUUCCCAAAAAUUUACACAUGUAUUGUUGAAUUGAAAAGAAAAAUGUAUUGCAUAAAUUUUAUAUAUGUAGAAACCUAGUAUUGUACUUAAGUGCAUACAUUUAUCACCAUGCCCCCAUUCUUGCCAGUUUUGUUUUCUUUUUAUAAUAGCUGCAUUUUUUUUUUUUUUUUUUUUUUUUUUUUUUUUCAUAGAGAAGAAGUGAAAACAGGCCCUGCUCUUGAUCAUGUCACUCACAACAUGGAAGUGCAACAGCAGUUCUGUAGGUGUUACGUGGCUACAGAUUAUAAUUUUAUGUAUGUUGGAGUCCUGUAGUGGUUGUUUCAUCUUCUCUUACUCACCCAUUCACUAGGAUGGGCUUGGUAGGGGAUGGAAGAUGGCUACUUUGGGAAACCAUAGAGAUUGCCAUCUGUUUAUAAAGGAAGAAAUAGCUUUUAUUAUCCAAGAGGUACAUGUUCCCUCACAAACUGUUGAGGAAUAAAAAACCAAAGAUUAACAUUCAUUUGUUUUUCAUGAAUCUUUCAGAUUUUGUCCUUGUUUUUCAUUUUUGGGGUACAAAGUUUUUCUUGACAAGAUGGUAGUACAUAUCAAUUUUUAACUCAAGCUUAGAACUAUGUUAUUGCAGUCAUAGUGUAAUAAAGGCACAUAAUAUACCAGUACCAAAGAGGAAUUGAAACUUUGGUCAACAAAUUUGUACAUUUGAUUAGCAGAUCUAAAGCAGUGCUUUCAGUUGCAAUUUAUUUCACCUUUUGUGUUUUAUUUGUUUUUGUAACUUAGUCCUCGGAUGAUCGGAGUAAAGAGUGAUGGCAAAACACAACCUGCACAGACUUGCCAUGCUAGGUUGUGUGCUAUUAGUAUUCACCUGCUAGACACACACCACCACAGAAACUGAUGUAAGUGAAGUACUUGUAUUCAUGUGUGUGUUACAAGCACUCUGAGUGAGUGAUGCAUAAUUUCAAGCACUAUUUUUACAAUUAUUGUAAAAAAAUUGAAUUACUUAUUUUUGAGAGAAACUGAAGUUAACCUGAAUGUGACACAAACAGAUGUAAGACAAUAUUGAAUAUUGAUACUUAUAGGAGAAUUUGACAAUGUUGCAGUGCCUCUUGCCUUUAUUUUAUAUGGUAAAUAACUCACUGAACUUUACUUUGCCAAGUUCAUGUUAAUUUUUCUAACUAGCUGUCAAUAGAUUUGGUUGUGGAUUGUAAUUAGAAAUACAUCUGUUAAAUGCAAUUGCAAGACUUCAAGAAUAUGAUUGAUGUAGUGAUAGGUAGCAACUGUAAUGAUAUAUUGUGUGGCAGUGUGAAUUUAAAAUGAUUUCCUCAGUU